AUGAAAACUAGAUCACUACUACUGAGUCACUCUUUAGUGGCUAUUGUGGCAGUUAUCAUAACAACUGCCAUUUGGCUUACGACGUAUUUCGUUGCUGUGAACCCAAAUAUAAACAAUGGUGGGAAUGUGGUCAACAAUAACUACUCUAAUAAUUAUUGCCCUUCUUCGGAUAGUACUUGUAAAUUACCCGAAAUGCCAAAGUGCGCCGAGACUUGCGAAUUUGUGAUCUGUGAGUCUAUUCCUGCCGGUUUGCAAUUCAACUCCAGUUAUAAUAUAUUCAACUCUACAACUGAUUGUUGGAUGAGAUUAAUGAGUUUGUUUAGAAGAGGCACAACAAGAGAUUCUGAUUGGCAGCUACUAUUGGAGUCUUCUAGUGAACGAUACUGGAGAUGGUUAUACUACAGAUCCAACGAAUACAAGCUACAAUGUAAGAAAUUAUUGUUUUUUGGCUCCUUAAAAAAAUUAUUUCAGGGAGAACAAAUCUACAACACAUUAUUAUCUACUGCUGUCGAUCGGAAUAUUUCGGUUAGAAUUGCACAAACUUAUGAAAAUGGAGGAUAUUGGGAAACGGAAAAUCUCGUACAAAAAUCGAAUGGGAGAAUUCGAGUGAGAAGCUUAGAUUUCACACAGUGGUACCCUGGUGGUAUUCUGCAUACAAAGUCUUGGUCCGUUGAUGGAAAACACUUUUACAUUGGAUCUGCGAAUUUCGAUUGGAGAUCUUUGACAAAUGUAAAGGAGCUUGGAAUUGCUGUAUUCAACUGUCCCUGUAUGGCAAAUGACUUGAAAAAUCUUCUCGAGAUUUAUUGGACAAUGGGCGCACCUGGUGCAACUAUUCCACAGCAAUGGGAUAGCAGGGUAUCCACUCCAGCUAACCAUCAGACUCCAAUGAGUGUAUACCAACCCACAGGUAGUCAAGCGAUGUACAUUUCGGCUUCUCCACCGGGAUUCCAAGCUUGUGGUAGAGAAGAUGACCUUGUAGCAAUGAUAAAAACCAUUGACGAAGCCCAGGAUUAUCUACAUUUGGCUGUGAUGGACUAUUCACCCUCCACAAAGUAUUUGAAAAAUAAUAACAAAUGGAAACCAGAACUGGAUACUGCAAUCAGAAGAGCUGCCUUUGAAAGAGGUGUUCAUGUUCGAUUUAUGGUUUCAUUAUGGCCUCAUACAUAUCCGGAAGCUUACGGAGUCUUAUACUCACUCCAAGAUAUUUCAGAUCAUUUACCGUGCUACAAGUGGGAUUCGAAUGACAAUUGUAUCAAAAAGGGAUCUAUUGAAAUUCGAAUGAUUCAGGUUCCAGAUAUGGGGUACGGGAAAAUCCCAUACGCCAGAGUCUAUCAUAAUAAAUACUUUGUUACUGAAAGCACUGCAUACAUUGGAACAUCCAACUGGUCGUCAGAUUAUUGGCAAUACACUGCUGGUAUUGGAAUAGUUAUCCGUGCAGACGAUUCCACUGCCAAAUCCCAACUUGUUCAACAAAUCACUUCAAUUCACGAAAGAGAUUGGACUUCCGCGUACACGAUUCCUCUCAAAAACUUUACAAUUUCCGGCAAUAGGACGACCACUUUCUUCUAG